GAGACCUCUGAGCAGGCGUUCCAUGUUGGGCUACGAAUAAUGGCGCUAAACAAGGAGAACAGCCUUCCUCAACUGAUGUCUCGGCACAAAUUCAACGCUGCUCCAGGUACCCCUACGAAGAGGACCAUGUGGUCGCUGGCACCCCUCCUGCUCGCACUCGGCCUGGCCCUCACCUCCUUGGAAGCACUGCACUCUAGUGAAGUAGCCAGCAUCUGUACAGAUGAAUCCGGAUUUGGCCCGGUGUUUGAGGAACAGCCCAUGGACACCAUCUACCCAGAGGAAUCGCCCGAGGAGAAGAUCACCAUGAGCUGCCGGGCGCGUGCCAAUCCACCUGCCACGUACAGGUGGCGGCUGAACGGCUGGGAUAUCAAGCUGUUGGAGCAGGAGGAUGAGCACUACAGCCUGGAGGACGGGAACCUGGUGAUCACUAAUCCAGACCGGAACAAUCACGUGGGGAAGUAUGAGUGCGUGGCCCAGAACAUGUAUGGCACCAUUGUCAGCAGGGAGGCCAUCGUCAGAUUCGGAUAUCUAGAUCCUUUCUCCACAGAGGAGCGGGAUGCAGUGUAUGUAAAAGAGGGUCAAGGGGCCGUCCUUCUCUGUGCCCCACCUCCACAUUACCCAGAUGAGCUGCUGUUCCGCUGGAUGCUCAACGAGUUCCCGGUUUUCAUCCCGCUGGAUAAGCGGCGCUUCGUUUCGCAGACCACGGGAAACCUCUACAUCUCCAGGGUGGAUUCCAGCGAUUUGGGGAACUACUCCUGCUUUGUAUCCAGCCCUUCCAUUGCCAAAAGCGUCUUCAGCAAAUUCAUCUCGCUUGUUCCCAUUCCUGAACGCCCCACAAGGAAGUAUCCCGCUGAUAUUAAAGUGAAAUUCCCAGACUCCUAUGCCUUAGUGGGACAGAACAUAACACUGGAGUGCUUCGCUCUGGGCAACCCCAUCCCAGAGAUCCGCUGGAGGAAGGUGGAUGCCGAGCUGCCCGCCAACCAUGAGGUCAGCAUGGAGAAGGCGCUAUUGCACCUCAUCAAUGUACAGCAGGAGGAUGAAGGCACCUACGAGUGUGAAGCCAUCAACUCCAAAGGCAAGGACCGCCACCGAGCUCGUCUCUACGUCGAUGCGUAUCCAGAGUGGGUGGAGCACUUCAGCAGCAGAGAGGCAGACAUCGGCAGUAACCUGACCAUGUCCUGUUUGGCCAGUGGAAAGCCCAAGCCUCACGUGCGCUGGCUGAAGAAUGGGGUCUUGCAUGUAAAGGGGGAGCUCAAAUUUACUGGGCUGACUUUCGAACAUUCCGGAAUGUAUCAGUGCAUCGCUGAAAACAAGCACGGCGUCAUCUAUGCCAGCGGCGAGCUGCGAGUCAUCGCCUGCGCCCCCACAUUCGAGCACAACCCUGUAAAGGAGAGGGUGCUGGGUGCCAAGAAUGGGCGCGUUCUCAUGGAGUGCCGGCCCAAGGCCGCCCCACGGGCCAGGCUGUCAUGGAGCAAGGGCACCGAACUGCUCUCCAACUCGUCCAGGAUACACAUCUGGGAUGAUGGCACCCUGGAGAUCCUCAACGUGACUCAGAUGGAUGAAGGGAAGUACACAUGCUUCGCUGAGAACGACAGGGGCAAGGCCAACAGCACGGGAACCCUGUUCGUCACUGAGGCGACAAAGAUCACACUCGCGCCGUCCAAUGCCGACGUGCAGGUGGGGGAGAGUGCGCGCAUGCAGUGUGCGGCGUCUCACGACCCUAACCUGGACAUCACCUUCAUCUGGGCGCUUGGCUCCCACGUCAUCGACUUUGACAAGGAGAGCGAUCACUACGAGCUCACAAACCGGGAGUCGAGCGGAGAGUUGCUCAUCAGGAACACGCUGCUGAGACACGCUGGGCGCUACACGUGCACGGCGCAGACCAUUGUGGACAAUGUCAGCGCUUCGGCUGAGCUCGUCGUAAGAGGCCCCCCAGGACCCCCAGGGGGUGUACGUGUGGAUGAGAUCACAGACAAAUCUGUGAGGCUCCUUUGGAGCCGGGGCACAGACAACCACAGCCCCAUCUCCAAGUACACCAUCCAGGCCAGGGACUCCUUCUCAGUUGACCCCGAGGAAUGGAAAAAUGCCAACACCUUACCAGCCAACGUGGAGGGCAAUGCUGAGACGGUUACAGUGGUUGACCUCACACCUUGGAUGGAAUACGAGUUCCGCGUCAUCGCCACCAACACGCUGGGCACAGGGGAGCCGAGUAGCCCCUCCCCCAAGAUCAGAAUGCUGGAGGCAGUACCCGUGGUGGCUCCCUCAGACAUUGGUGGAGGUGGCGAGUCCAGCAGAGAGCUAACCAUCACUUGGACGCCGGUCAAGCCUCAGUACUACUACGGGAAGAAUUUCGGUUACAUUGUGGCCUUCAAAGCCCACGAUGACUAUCAGUGGAGAAAGGUGACGGUUGCGGACCCCGAGGCCCAACGCUACGUACACAAGGAUCCCUCCAUUCCCCCCAACACAGAGUUCCAUGUGAAGGUGAAAGCCUUCAACAAUAAGGGCGAGGGGCCCUACAGUUUGACGGCUUCUCUAUUCUCUGCACAAGACGCUCCCUCGGAAGCCCCAUCGGAUGUGUCAGGAAGGGCUCUCUCAGCUACUGAGGCCAUAGUGUUUUGGCGGCCCACCCUUGAGCAGAGCAUUGACGGCUACCAGGUGAGGUACUGGAGGAAGCAUGAAGAGAGCCAGGCAGGUACCAAGGUGGUGGAGAACCAGGGCGAGAACCAGACGCGGUUGGAGAACAUGCUGCCCGACUCACGUUACUUCAUUGAGGUGCGGGCCUUCAACAAAGCUGGGAUGGGCCCCCCGAGUGUCCAGUACGAGAUCCACACCAAGAAAGCGCCUCCAAGCCGUCCUCCCAGAAUUAUCAAGAAGACUUUAAGCGGCAGUUCAGUGAAGAUUGCCUGGGAGCAGGUGGAGCCUUUAGCCAAUGAAUCCAGGAUAGAAGGCUACAAGAUCCUCUACAGGCAGGAAGGUCUCUCCAACGGCACUCUGUACACCACAGGCAACCGAUACAUCGACCUCCCGGUGCUCAGUGACAGGGACUACGUUGUAGAGGUCAGAGCGCACAGCGAAGGUGGGGAUGGAGCAGUUGCACAAGUGCGGAUUUCAGGUGGAGCAGAAGUCGUGGUGCGACCCCUGAGCCUGGCCACCUUGCUCCUUAUCGCCCUCUGCUGCCUGGGAAAUUGAAUGUAGCGCUGCCCCUGACUGGCCUUCACUGCACUCAGGAGGACUGUGUAAGGCUGAUACCUGCCAGGACUGCAGCUCUUUUCCUGAACCUCAAACCCCAGACCCCACUGGAGUCAACCUCCCCCACCCCGGUUUCAUCUCGCGACCAACAUGCAAUACUUGCUAGGGACACACGUGCAGAGUGGGAGCCACCCCCGCAGAAUCUAUAAAGGACAAUGAAAUCCGGGCAAAUCCCUCCUUUGGUACCUAUCAAUACAUCUUUGGUUGACGAUGAACGGAGUUAUUUUAAAUCGCUCAGUAUGCCUUAUAUACACACUUGUACUCAUCUUUUAACGUUGCAUGAGUUGCUCUUAAGGGAAGAGGCACGACGGCUGUGUCUUCAUCCAGGCAGGAAGGUGUCCCUCUCUAAACCAUAAGACAAACUGUUUUGGUGAAGGCAGGGGAGAUCUCCCACCCUGGCAAUGAAUAAAUCAUGUGACGGAUAAAUUCAUAAAUCAUUUAACCGCAUUACAUUAAGCAAGCGAGUGGAUUGUUAGGAAGGGCGGCUGUAAAACUCAGUCCGAUUCGUUGUGUGCAAAUCCCAUACGUGGACCCCCUGCAACACCUGCCAAAGUGAAGCAGUCCUCCAGUUACUGAGAUACAGUCAAAACAAGGAGGCCUUCGGCACAUCAGCCUCGCUUCCCUUCACACGCAGGACGAGACGCCUUGGCACGCCUUUGUGCGUGUUGCUGUAGUCUUGGAAAUCCGUUCCAGAUGGAAUCGCAGCGUUUUGUUUGACUUAUGAAUGUGUCUUUUUCAAACCAAAUCACAGGUUAACUUAGCAGUGAAAUUUAAAACCGUUGUAGCGACUCUGUAGUAUGACUGAGAUUUAAAAAAAGUUUUGUUUUAAUGAAAAGUGUUUUGUGUUUCUAAGUUCAUAAGAUUUCUAAUAAUAUUCUAUUGAUUCUAUAGAUUCUAUUGAUAUUCUAUUGAAGUAUUGAUAAGAUUUCUAAGUUGAUAAGAGAAAAAAAAAAUGAAUGAAAUGGCACAGACUAAACCGGGCCGUUUUUACGUUAGAAACAAUGAAACACGGCCCGGUAAAGUAUUACGAACUGUUCUCCCGGGUACUCUACAGCAGACUGUCCCUCAGACACAAUUGCAAAAUAUCUUCUGAGAGCGCAUUGUGGGCCGAAGAUGAAGUGAUCACAAGUGAAAAUACAUGCCAAAUAGGAAGGCUUUUGUUUUGACUGUAUCUGUUCAGUGUUUUAUGCAGUGCUGUGAAGAAAUGGGUAUUUUCAUAUUGGCUCUUCAGUUCAUGUGGUGUUUUUUCGGUUUCUGUCUGAGUGUGACCAUUCACAGAACGCAGUGGUGCUGGUACAGCUGGCUUAUUCGUGGUGCGAUGUCCCACUCUUUUUUUUCUUUCUUAAUGCUAUUUCAACAUGGCUAGCUCCAUAAGCAUUGUUUUUAUUGAUGUGCAAAACUGAUGCAAACAAAGUAGAAUAAAGAAUAUUACAAUUAACUGAUAAAUGAAACUGUUGUGGGUAAGUGUUAAUAUAAAGGGUUUAUUUCACUUUUCACAUAAAGCUAUUUGUAUGACACUUCAUGAUGAUGAUAAUGAUGACAGUUGUUAUUUAUGCUGCUGCUGAUGAUGAUGAUUAUUAUUAUUAUUAGUAGUAGUAGUAGUAGUAUUGCAGCAACAGACUUUGAUGGGAUCAACAUAUAGAGUACAAGUGAGUGGGAUAAGGAUUUUUAAUUCUUAAUAAUUCUGGCCACUUUGACAGUGGAAUUACGUAAGUGUUCCUUUAAUCACGGCAGAAAGAAAUCAUCAUUACAUUUCGACUGUGCUACCCAUUAAAUGUAAUAAAGGACACGUGUUCUUCUGCAAGGCUAAAUAUAAUAUCAGAACUACCACAAAGUGCUUCUCUUCCUGUCUCCUACAUACACGUCACACAAAUAGAGACCGCUUCAAUUCACGGAUACAUGAAUGGCCUUUAACUUGUUAGACAGAUGUGAGAAAAUGCUGUUUCGCUGCACAUCGUGUGGGGCAGAAGGUGACGUCUUGCUUGCUUGAAACCACCUGACACUGACCUGCGGACCUGCGUACUGGAUCGGAAACUCCAGUCCACAUUCGUGCUGUGAGUUCUUGCACUGAGUAGCGCCUUCUGUGUCCAAAAUAAU